GGAGGGUAGCAUUUGAAAUGCAUUAAUAUCCACUUGCUGAGACACUAAACGCAGGCGUUGAGAAGGAUCACUUCCUCUCCACCCAACUUCGCACAGAGGAGCGACUGCGACGGCGACUGACCGCGACGGCGAGCGAGUGCGAACAGCGGCGAGGGACGGACGGUGGCGCGACGCAGUUGAGAAGAAGGAACGAAGAAGGGGUUGAAUAAGAACAAGAGUGAUACCUAACCCCUUAAUCUAAGAUGGCACCUAGACUUCCUCCUCCUCCUACCCCUAAGAUUGAGCCGUCUGACUUGAACAGAAUGUUGGAGUCUGUACUUCAAGCAUUGCAGCAACAAAAUGCUGCUUUGGUGCAUCAGAACACCAUUACAUUACAAAAUCUGGAAGCCGCAAGAGUAUCUGCUGAGAACGCGAGAGUGUCAUCUGAGAACACUAAAAGGCAGUUCAUGGAAGUGUUGACUAGUGGCAGGGCCACUCUAGGUGCUUCUUCCUUCGCUAUUCCAGUCCAAGAGUGGAGCUUGGAGAGCUUCCUCCAACAUCACCCAGCCAGAUUCACUGGAAAGUGCAGCCCUGAUGAAGCCGACCACUGGUUUAGGGACAUGGAGAGGAUAUAUGAAGCUAAGGGGUGUCCUGAUGAGAGAAAAUUGGCCUAUACUCAAUAUCUGUUGACCGGGGAGGCUGGCCACUGGUGGAGUAGCAUGAAGAUGAUCCUUGAAAGGAGUAAGACUCCUAUUACUUGGGAGUUGUUUAGGGUCAAAUUCUACACUGAGUACUUCCCAAACAGUGUUAGAUUUGCAAAGGAAGUAGAAUUCCUGGAGCUGGUACAGGGCAACAGAUCAGUGUCAGAGUAUGCAGAUCGCUUCAAACAUCUACUUCGCUUCAACACUAUGGCGGUGGAUGAAGAAUGGCAAUGCAGAAAAUUUGAAAAUGGCUUAAGGAGUGAUAUCAAGCUGCUUGUAAAGAGGUUGCGCAUCAGAGAGUUCCCUGCUCUAGUGGAGAUGGCACGUGAUCUAGAGAAGACGAAGAGGGAAUCUGAGGGACAACAGAGUCAGCCUGCUAGGAGUGGGGGAUCAUCUGGGUCUCGUGGUGGACUUAGCACUAGGAAGGCCCCUUACACUAGACCAUCCCUUUCUUCUGGGUUUAGGGGUUCAUCCUCUCAGCCAUUAGUGCAGUCAGGACCAACCAGACCAUCUGGCACCGUUAGAUGUUUUGGUUGUGGAGGACCUCAUUACCGGAACAACUGCCCUAUGGGAAGUGUAGCAAGGAAGUGCUUCAAGUGCGUGAAAGAGGGACACAUUGCUGCUGAGUGUACCUCUACAGCAGAGUCAGGGCCUCAGGCGCAGAGGACUCGUUUGCCUCCACCCAGGGGAGGUGGUAGACCUCAGGCGGUGGACAAAGUAUAUGCUAUGACAGGAUCAGAGGCAGUCAGCUCAGCUAAAAUGGAAUCUGAUGCACUGGCAUGUGGAGACAAACUCGUACUGAGGGGAUUGUCAUUCCAUGGUUUUCAUGGAGCAAAGCCGGAAGAAAGGAAACUGGGCCAGAAGUUCGUGGUAGAUAUAGAUGCUUGGAUGGAUCUCGCAACUGCUGGCAAAACUGAUCACUUAUCUGAUACAGUUAGUUACACAGCAAUAUAUGAUAUAGUUAAGGAAGUUCUUGAAGGCUCACCUCACAACCUUCUGGAAUCAGUGGCCCAAAAAAUUGCAAUAACUACUCUGACAAAUCAUAAAGAAAUUUUUGCUGUUCGAGUGAAGGUUGAAAAGCCUCAUGUGGCAGUUCAAGGUCCAGUUGAUUACUUAGGCGUUGAGAUUCAUAGACGGAGAAGCGAUUUGUCAGGCUAAACUUUUAUAUUUGUUUUGGUUCCACUCUUAUAUUUUCAAGAUCCACGCAAAAGUAAUAUCACUCUUUCCCUUGGCCAUUAAUUUUUUCUCUAUCAUGAGUCAGUCUUGCUGAUAAAAUUAGAAGUUAAAAAGUUAGGCAUACAAAAUAAACUAAACAUCCAGAGAGUUAUUGAUAGAGUUGUCUAAGUAUUGCUUUUCUCUCAUCUUCCAAAAUUUAGACAUCCAAUAUAAUAUAUCGUUCAUAUUUGGUUUGACAUGAAGAAA